AUGUCAAACGCAACAAGCGGGGUGCUCUUCUGCCCCCUGCUGCAAGACAUGCGGAAUCACAGCCCCAACAACAACAGCCAGGCCAAUAUGGUGGUGGUUUGCUUCCACGGUCUGGUCUCCUGCCUUGGGCUUCUGGAGAACGCUCUGAUCCUCUGGGUGCUUGGCUUCCGCCUUAGGCACCGCACCGUCACCUCCGUCUGGGUGCUCAACCUAGCCCUGUCUGACUUCCUAGCCAACCUGAGCCUCCCCCUCUUCGCUUCUUACCACUACCACCACCACAGCUGGGAGCUCGGCAACCCACUCUGCAAGACACAGGCUUCCAUCUUCUUCAUAAACAUGUUUGUGUCAGCCUUCCUGCUGGCCGCAAUUUCACUCGACCGCUUGCUUCUUGUAGUCAAGCCAGUGUGGAGCCAGAAUCAUCGGUCAGUGUCAGGAGCAUGGAAGGUGUGUGGAUUAGGUUGGUUAUGGGCUGCACUGAAUACAAUACCGUACACUGUGUUCCGCUCAGUAAUUGAGAAACAGGGUGGGGGGAAUUUGUGCUAUCAUAAUUUUGCUUUGAUUUUAUCCUCUCGAGCCACUUUGGAGAGAGACUGCGAAGUGAGACAGGCAGCAACAGCCGUCUCCAAGUUGCUGCUGGCAUUCCUCUUUCCCUUGGUGGUGAUUGCAGGGAGUUAUGUCCUAAUAGGUCUCAGCCUGAGGAGCAGGAGCAGGAGGAGGAAGCAGAGCACCACCAGACUAACUGAUGCACUGAUCAUGUCAAACAGAGGCCGAGCAUCAGGAGCUACAAACACAACAACUAACAUCAUCCUCAAGCCUCCCACCUCCAGUCCAACUUUAGCUUCGACGCCAACUACCAUGUCCGCCACCAUCUCUAAUCAGACCAAUCGGGACCAGCUGUCCCAGAGCUUCAUCAAAAUGGUGACAUUUGUGAUCACUGCAUUUGUACUGUGCUGGGCUCCCUAUCACAUCUUCUGCAUCAUCGAGCUGACGGCACAUUACUGGAGGAAGAAUCUCAAAGUGGUGGAGGUGGGGCUUCCCUUUGCUACAACCAUCGCAUUCUUGAAUCCGGUGUUGAACCCCAUUCUCUACGCCUUCAGCUGUCCACACUUCUGCGUGAAGAUACAACAGAGUCUGGGAGCAUUGUUUGACGGACUUGUAGAAGAGGACGGAGGGUUCCUAGUCGCUCAAGGGAAGAGCAUAAGAGCUCAUCUAAGGCGGAGAAGCAGUUGAGAUGUGAGCCCUGCCACACCAGGGUCAUCAAAGGGGGAAUCAUCACCCUGUAAAUAGUCUGUCAUCCAACCUGCCUUCCCUCUGCCUUUGGAGUCUCAAAACCUUGAAGAUAAUCAAAUGGAUAAAACUUCAAAAAUAAUGACGGAGCAAAGCUGA